UACGUAUGUAUGUAUGAGAGAGCGAAGGAAGGAAGGAAAACAUCGUGUGUACCAUGUGUGGCCCGUGGGCGGUGCGUAAGUGUAAACACCCUGUAUAGAGAGAGAAACAGAGAGACACGGAAAGAGUAAUUUAAUUUUUGUGUAAUUGGCAACAUUUGUUUGAAACAAUUCUCGCUGCGUCCCAUAAUCCAAUCCCCGUCUAGUGACUUUAAUAAAAUGUCGAAAAUGUCCAACAGAAAACCAAACAAACUGAACUUCUGUGCAUUCUGAGGGAGUCCCAAAGUUGGUGGAAAUCCGCGAGAUUCGGGCACCGGCCGUGCGCGCCCCCCUAUGAGCCAGUGAAAGUUUACCAAUGAAAGAAGGUUAGAAAUGUGUACCACAACAAAUUUUGCAUACUGGCAGGUAGAAUCUCAAAAUGCAGCCGAAGACUUACAUAAUUAUUCCAUCCAGAAUGUGUUGCAAGACUCAAAAAAUUUGAAAAUACGGAAGCCCAUGUUCUUCAUGAACAGCUUAACCAAGCAGGAGGAUACCUACGAUAAGUCCCCUGAGAAGCUCGAGAAACAUCUCAUAUCUCCGUUUGCCACCGUGCAAUUGACCCCCGACGAAUACAAUCAGAUCAUAUCGAAGAGGCACGAGACACUCACCCACAAGGUUGAACCUAGUGCUGCUGAGCAUCCUGCCCCAACUAAGAUAAGGCCCUUCUCGUGUGCCGAGUGUGGCAAGACUUUCCUCUUAAAGCACCAUCUCACCACCCAUGAGAAGACCCACAGCGGCAUCAAACCACACAGCUGUCAUCAUUGCGGCAAGGCAUUCACCCACAAACACUGUUUGAACACUCACCUGCUGCUGCAUUCGAGUCAGAGGCCCUACCAGUGCAUUGAAUGCAAGAAGAGUUUCACUCUGAAGCAUCAUCUUAUCACUCACAGUCGGGUUCAUAGUAGAGAUCGCCCGUUCGUUUGUAAAGAUUGCGGUCGGACUUUUCCGUUGAAGAGGCACCUGGUUACCCACAGCAAAUUCCAUGCAGGAGAGCGACCACACAUUUGUAACGAAUGUGGCGAAUCCUUUGCACAGAAGGAUCACUUGAUUAUGCACUCUAGAUUCCACGGCUCUCUGAAUUCAUUCGUUUGCCACGACUGCGGCGCAUCGUUCACACGUAAAUUCGAGUUGGUUAACCACCACAGGUUGCACGGAAAGAUGCCACAUUCCUGUCCGAUUUGCCAAAAGGAAUUCCUGCAGAAGAGGACUCUGAUCACACACAUGAGAUACCACAAUGGUGAAUAUAAUUUUACGUGUCCAAGUUGUGGGGAAACGUUUCAAACGAAAUCCGAGCUAAAUCUCCACUCGAAAAUGCACCACGAAGCGAACGCUUUAGAAAAACCAUUGGCUUGUACAGAAUGCGCGUUAACUUUCAAUUCCCGCGAAGCUUUGGCGUUGCAUAUAAAGUUGCAUAGUGGAGAUUCCCUGUUAGUAAACGAUUUGUGUACAUUAACCGCUAGUUUGCACCACCAGAAUUUCCCAAUAAACAAUGGCAUAAGUAGCAAUAGUUAUCAGUAUAACAAAACUGUCGGCUACACCAAUAAAAUUAGUACAGUGCAAAAAAGUAAACCGCACAUUUGUAAAAUAUGUUCGAGGGCUUUCAGUGCAAAGCAUGGUUUACAACAGCAUAACAAAAGACAUCCAGAGGGCACGUGCGCCCUUAAGUCACACGUCUGCUCCUACUGCAACAAGGGCUUCUACCAGAAGAAUCAUCUGCUGUUGCAUCAACGCCAGCACAUGGAGCUCAAGAUGAAGAGCGAAGACAUCAAGUCCGAUAUUCCAUCGAUCAAGAACGAAUCCUCCAACAAUGAGUGUACCAGUUUAACGGAUUUUUCAUAACUAAUUUUCUUCAUGCACUUGCUGAAUGAUUUUGCUAAAUAAUUUGUUAAUACAAACUAUUGAUUAAUCAAAUCAAAAAAAAGAAAAGAAAGAAAAUCUUAACAAACAAGGAAGAAAAUUAGUAGUAGUAGUAGAAGAAGGAAAGAAGUGAAACAACUAAAAACUACACGUUUUCGUUCUCCCCCCCAUUUACGC